AUGUCGUCUGAGGCCAAGACUGUACUGGCCGAGCCUGCGCCUGCCAAGAAUUAUAAAGGCUUCGUCGCUGGUGUUUUCUCCGGUAUCGCAAAGCUUUCAGUCGGCCAUCCAUUCGACACAAUCAAGGUCCGUCUGCAGACAACCGACGCGUCGCGGUUCAAUGGCCCGUUGCAAUGCCUGGUCCAGACCGUCCGUAACGAGGGGUUCGUUGGCCUCUACAAGGGCGCCACUCCUCCCCUCGUGGGCUGGAUGUUCAUGGACAGCGUCAUGCUCGGCAGCCUAACGGUCUACCGCCGGCUCCUACGCGAACACGUCUUCAGCACGCCGUUGAUAUCACGUGAUAAUUCCAUCCCAGUGUCCAUGGUCGCCGACACGCUGCCGGCGUACGGCCACGGCAUAGCGGGAAUCUUGGCCGGCUCGACCGUAAGCUUUAUCGCUGCGCCGGUCGAGCACGUCAAGGCCCGCCUGCAGAUCCAGUACGCGGCCAAAAAGUCGGACAGGCUUUACGCGGGGCCCAUCGACUGCAUCAGGAAGAUCCACCGCCACCACGGCAUCCCGGGCCUGUACCACGGCUUGAGCGCAACACUGCUGUUCCGGUCCUUCUUCUUUUUCUGGUGGGGCAGCUACGACCUCCUGUCGCGGUGGAUGAAGGAGAACACUGCGCUGAGCGUCCCGGCAAUCAACUUUUGGGCCGGAGGCCUGAGUGCUCAGGUCUUUUGGAUUACCAGCUACCCCAGCGAUGUUGUCAAGCAGCGCAUCAUGACGGAUCCGCUCGGCGGUGGGCUUGGAGACGGCACGCCGAGGUUCAGGAGGUGGCGAGAUGCUGCUGUCACCAUUUACAGGGAGAAGGGCCCCAUGGGUUACUGGAGAGGUUUCUUGCCUUGUUUUUUGCGAGCCUUUCCAGCCAACGCAAUGGCGCUGGUGGCAUUUGAGGGUGUUAUGAGGUCCUUGCCUUGA